UCUCGCCUGCAGCCCCAAAGCACUGUAUAACAAUGCGUUUCAUCCAUCCUUCUCAACCCAGUUGCCGGUAACACCAGGCAUGGAGGGCGUCUUACAGCGGUUGCGUGGCCAUCUAGCCAAGUCUCAAAGGCUCCCACGGCUACUACAAGAGCACACGGUCCGUCUGGCCUGCUUCACAUUGAUUCUCACCGCAUUCCUCUUCCUCUUGGUCGGUCUAUCUUUGCCAAUUAUCAAGUCAAUCAUAAUUAUCAAAGUAUCAGCAGUAAAUUCUGUUGAUCCCGUCUCGAAUGCAAUUACAGAACUGCAAUUUGGAGUAUGGGGUGUCUGUGCAUUGAGUAUUCUCAAUGGCGUCAAAGCACAAGAAGCAUGCUAUGGCCCACAGUUGGGAUACACCGUUCCUACAAGCAUCUUGUCUCUCGUUGGGCUCUCAUCUAAGCUCGCAAAUAUUGCAGAGACGACCCUCCUGACUAUACUUGUGCUGCAUCUCGUCAGUGCAGCACUCUCGACCGUCGCCUUUGUGUUGUCUCUCUUGCUUCGCUCUCACCUAAUCACAGCAAUCGCACUCGUGAUUGCCAUAAUCACAGCAGUUGUUUCGACUGUUGUUUUGGUUGCGAAUGUUACCCUGGUUGUUGGUAUUAAAGACAACAUCGACUCCCUUUUCCCUGGAGCCGACUUUGCUGUAAGCUUUGGCAAUGGCUUGUGGAUGGUACUAGCGGCGGUGCUUUUGACUUGGAUAGCGGUUAUCAUGCUGUCAGCACAACGACGUUGUCACUGUGGUGUGAGUCAACAUCCCAAACUCAAGGUGCCCAGAUCAGGGAUAUCUGAAAAGGACAGUGCGGAGAAGGUCUUGGUCUAAAAUGGACAAUUCUGCCAUGUGUUUCCAUGUCCGACAAGUUACGAAUACAAUGUCGACGAUCGCAAUGACAGUUCCGCCAAUAUUCUAUAUACAACGCAUACAAAUAGGAGACUACCGAGUGCACGGCGCUUAAGCGAAUCGGGGUCCAUGUGGAGCUCAGGUGGAGCACGCACAGGGAGUCACGCAAAUUGCCUCCGCGGGAUCAAACGUUCCGUCCUUACAUAUGUUAGCAAUUAUUGAUCACAGCAGCAUUCUUAAAUAACAUCUGUA